AUGCAAGCUCCAGUGGUAUAUCUCAACACCUCUACCGAGAGACAGACCGGAAGACAAGCACAGGUGUCCAACAUCACCGCCGCUAAGGCCGUGGCAGACAUCAUCAGAACAUGCUUGGGUCCAAAAGCCAUGUUAAAGAUGCUUUUGGACCCCAUGGGAGGAAUCGUGUUGACCAACGACGGACAUGCCAUUUUGCGUGAAAUCGACGUGUCUCAUCCCGCAGCCAAGUCCAUGAUUGAGCUAAGUAGAACACAGGAUGAGGAGGUUGGUGAUGGAACAACCACUGUGAUCAUUUUGGCUGGUGAGAUUUUGGCCCAGGCAUUCCCCUACAUCGAGAAGAAUUUGCACCCGGUGGUGAUCAUCCAGGCGUUGAAGCAGGCGCUUAGCGAUGCGUUGGAGAUCAUCCAUGAAGUGUCUGUUCCAGUGGACAUCGAGAACGAUGCAGCCAUGAUCAAAUUGAUUAAGGCAUCUAUUGGUACCAAGUAUAUCAACAAGUGGCUGCAGAAAAUGUGCGAGUUGGCUCUCAAGGCAGUCAAGACCGUGACUGUGCAGCAGGGUGACCACAAGGAGAUCGAUAUCAAGAGAUAUGCUCGUGUUGAAAAGAUCCCGGGCGGAGAAGUCACUGACAGUGAGGUGUUAGACGGUAUUUUAUUGAACAAGGACGUGACACACCCUAAGAUGAAGAGACACAUUGAGAAUCCACGUGUCAUUUUGUUGGACUGUCCGUUGGAGUACAAGAAGGGAGAGUCUCAGACGAACAUCGAGAUCACCAAGGAAGAGGACUGGAACCGUAUUUUACAGAUUGAGGAGGAACAGGUGCGUCUCCUCUGUGAGCAGCUCUUGGAGUUUAAGCCGGAUGUAGUUAUCACCGAGAAGGGUGUUUCCGACUUGGCCCAGCACUACCUCUUGAAGGGUGGAGUUACUGCAUUGAGAAGAGUCAAGAAGUCCGACAACAACCGUAUAGCUCGUGCUACGGGUGCCACAAUCGUCAACAGAGUCGAGGACUUGAAGGAGUCUGAUGUGGGUACUAAGUGUGGCCUCUUCAAGGUUGAGCUCAUUGGUGACGAGUACUUUACCUACUUGGUCGAAUGUAAGAACCCUCGCGCUUGCACGGUGUUGUUGCGUGGUGCCUCUAAGGACAUUUUGAACGAGAUAGAGAGAAACUUGCAGGAUGCUAUGGCCGUGACCAGAAACGUCAUGUUCGAGCCUUCAUUGAGUCCAGGUGGAGGAGCCACCGAGAUGGCAGUGAGUGUUAGACUUGCCGAGAAGGCUAAGACCAUCGAAGGAGUCGCACAGUGGCCAUACCAGGCGGUUGCCGAUGCUUUCGAGGUGAUUCCUAGAACCUUGGUGCAAAACUGCGGAGGAAAACCCAUCAGAGUCUUGUCGCUGUUGAGAGCCAAGCACGCUGAGGGCCAGCACACGUUUGGUAUUGAUGGAGAUUUGGGUAAGGUAGUGGACAUGAAUGACUACGGUAUCUGGGAGCCAGAAGUGAUCAAGCAACAGUCCAUCAAGACUGCUAUUGAGAGUGCCUGUCUCUUGUUGAGAGUAGACGACAUCGUGAGCGGUGUUCGUCAACAGCAGUAG